AUGUCCGCCGCAACAGCCAAAGGCCUCCUCCUGCUAGUCGGCUCCCUCUGCGCCGCCCCCUUUACCCUCGCCUACACCCUCCCGCUGCCCGAGCAGGCCUCCACAUCCGUCGCGACGCGCUAUCUCGCUUUCGACGACCCCGCGCGCGACGACAUCCCCGCGCGCAAAAUCGCCGCCAAACGCAAGUGGAAGCACGCGUUUAUUGCGGAGCGCAUUCGGGAGGAGAAUAAUGCCUCCUCUUCUCCGGCAUCUUCAUCACCGUCGAAAUCAUCAAAAUCGUCGUUAUUGUCGUCGUCCUCAUCAUUAAGGGGAAGCUGGAGGCGAGAACCGGAUUUGAUGUUUAUUCCGGAGAAUUGA